GGCGUCUGGCCAGCCGGCGGCGGGCCCCCCCCAGCCUCUCCCCGCAGCAUUGGCGAGAACAUCCAGCUGCUGGUGGACCGGCCCGAUGGCACCUACUGCUUCCGCCUGCACCGGGACCGCGUCUACUACGUGAGUGAGAAGCUGCUGAAGGUGGCCACGAGCAUCCCCCGGGAGAGCCUGGUCGCGCUGGGCACCUGCUUCGGCAAGUUCACCAAAACGCAGAAGUUCCGGCUCAACGUCACGGCCCUGGACUUCCUCGCACCCUACGCCAAGUACAAGGUGUGGGUGAAGCCUGGCUCGGAGCAGUCCUUUCUCUAUGGCAACCACGUGCUGAAGUCCGGCCUGGGCCGCAUCACGGAGAACACGGCCCAGUACCAGGGCGUGGUGGUGUACUCCAUGGCCGAUGUCCCGCUGGGAUUUGGGGUAGCUGCAAAGUCCACCCAGGACUGCCGGAAGGUGGACCCCAUGGCGAUCGUGGUGUUUCACCAGGCUGACGUUGGAGAGUACGUGCGGAGCGAGGACACGCUGACUUAAGGGAGUUGUGCGCUCCGAAGAUGUGAGCGAUUCUGGGCAGAACGGACCUUGUCCCGUGCCAUCUGCGUGUGCUGCCGGCACACGGGGCAGCAGGGAGCCUGCCCCACGCGGGGCGGUAGGAGGCAGCAGCGCUGCCCCACACCUGCUGGGCCCGGGGGGUCCUGCCGCUGUGAACAGGAGCUGGCGCUCCCCAGAGUGGCAGGUUUGGCGUUGCAAUUACAUAAAGCCGUUUCCCCCUCUC